AUGUCUCGGCUCCUCGUGCUUCUUCUUCUGCUUGGCAGCGGGCUCGGCUACCGUCUCGCUCACCCCGAAGCUCGGCGUUUCAAGUCGAUGAGGAUUAUUGAUGGCGAACCGGCAGACAUACGGGACUAUCCUUACUUGGUCUCGCUGCAGUACAACGGGAGCUUCUACGGCCACGACUUCGACCACUUCUGCUGCGGAAGCAUCCUCAACGAGAACUGGAUCAUCACGUCGGCCCAGUGCGCCCAGGCACGACAGGCAGACUCGUUCCAGGUGAGGCUUGGAUCCGCCGAGUACUAUCGGAGCGGGGCUGUUUACAGAAUAGACAGCGUAGUUCUGCAUCCAAAGUUCAACGAGCUCAGCCGCGAUUACGACGUGGGACUGAUAAAGGUGACGGAGAAAAUCGUCUUCGGCGAAGGCAUCCAGCCGAUAGGCCUACCGAAACCCGACGACGUCGUUCCGAUCGACGCCAACUUCUCCAUAGCCGGCUGGGGAGCCACGGAGCUACUGGGGAAAUUUUCGGAUAACCUGCUGAAGAGCCACAUCCAGAAGAUAAGCCGCGAGAGCUGCCAGUCCGUCUACGGAAUCGAGACUGUGACCAGCCGCAUGUUCUGCGUCUUCGCCGCGGGCUUCGGUCCCUGCGUCGGCGACUCUGGCUCACCCGCCGUCUACCGCAACAUGCUCGUAGGCAAGUCCACUCGUCUGGCGUCCUGGAGCUACAACUGCGCUUACCAGUACCCGACGGUCUACGCGCGAGUAUCAAGCGUGCUCGACUGGAUAGAGGACAUUACGGCGUAA